GGAGGUGUUCCCGGCGCAACCGGCUUCUGUCUGCGGCGCGCCGCCUCAUAGGCUGGCGCGGCACAGCGGCGUCUUCGUCCUCACCCUCGGCCUCAUCCUGGUCACCAGCGGCCUCUUCUUCGCCUUCGACUGCCCAUUCCUUGCCACUCACCUGACCUUGGCCAUCCCCAUCAUCGCCGCCGUCCUCUUCUUCUUUGUCAUCAGCUGCCUGCUCCAGACAAGCUUCAGAGACCCAGGAAUCCUGCCCAGAGCCACCCCAAGUGAGGCAGCAGACCUGGAAAAACGGAUUGACAGCAUGGGGACCUCCACGUACCGCCCUCCCGCCCGCACCAUGGAGGUGGUGAUCAACAAGUACGUGGUGAAGCUCAAGUACUGCUACACCUGCAAGAUGUUCCGCCCCCCGCGCACCUCCCACUGCAGCGUCUGCGACAACUGCGUCGAGAGAUUCGAUCACCACUGCCCCUGGGUGGGGAACUGUGUGGGGAAGCGCAACUAUCGCUUCUUCUACGCCUUCAUCCUCUCCCUCUCCUUCCUGACCGCCUUCAUCUUCGCCUGCGUCGUCACCCACCUCACCCUGCGUUCUCAAAGGGAUGGAUUCCUGGCCACUCUGAAGACGACACCCGCAAGUGUGCUGGAGCUGGUGAUCUGUUUUUUCUCAGUCUGGUCUAUUUUGGGCCUCUCAGGUUUUCACACUUAUUUAGUCGCCUCCAACCUGACAACAAAUGAAGAUAUCAAAGGGUCCUGGUCAAAUAAGAGGGGCUCAGAGUUUGCCAAUCCCUACAGCCAUAAAAGUAUCCUCACAAACUGCUGUGCGGUGCUGUGUGGACCAUUCCAUCCCAGUUUGAUAGACAGAAGAGGAUUUAUCCAGCCAGAUAACGGGAGCCCGUCCAGCCCUAAGAGCGAAAUCCCUUCCUUUGGAGCCAAAACUGACACCAGCAUGGUAGGAGGCCUUCCCUAGCAGUGCUGUGAUGUUCCCAGUGCCUGCUGUGCCUGCACCUUGCUCCAGCCAGUACCUUUCCCUCUCACCACCUCCCAGCCUCAGGCAGGACAGCCCUGUGACCCAGAGCUGCCAAAGACUCACUCGAGCCAUACGUUGCCUUUCUUUUUUUUUUUACAUUUAUUUAUUAUUUUUUUUUUUGUUUAUUUGUUUCACUGUGAUGUGGCCUGUCAGGACUUUUUGGCUGGCAGAGCCUGACAGCUUGUGGGACUCUGGGACUCGUGCCAAAAGCAGGGGUUCCUGCUGCACCCAGGGAGCCCCCAGACCUCUGAGCCCCCAGCGUCUGCUCCGGCGGAUCGCUGCGAUUCCUGCCGGGAGUCGUGAGGUGGGCCAAGGGUGGGAGGUGGGCACUGGCAAAUGGUUUCCCCUCUGGGCUGGAGGAGGUAUGAGCUCCCUGGUAUCCCUGGUGUAUCCACGAACACGUCCUGCUCCCCUGUGCCAACGUGGAAGGGCUGUUCUGUCCCUUCACAGCCAGGGUCUCACCGCGGCCGCUGCCGGAGUGACUUUCCUUGUCCAGAGGCUGCUGUGCCGUGGUAAGUUGGGCUGUUCAGAUGGGAGGACUCUGGCUCCCAGCAGACCUGGGAGUUAGUGAGGAUGUCCUGGUGCUGCUGGUCCUGUUUUCUGGCUGGCUGCUGAGGGAGGGGCUGAAGGACACUGUGUUUUGGCCCUGCCGGUUGGUCAGACACGUUUUGCAGCAACAUGAGUUUGGGGGACCCUCCUUUAACAGGGAAGAAGAAACACUCUGUGCUCUGUGACUCCCCUCGUGACAUGCUGGUUGGCAAGUCUACAGCUGUCAGAUUUGGGAACUGUAGCCUGCCAGGAUUAUGUCCUGUCUGUAGGAGACCAAGAGUCAACAGAAAAGUGUGAAUUCCUGAGGGUUCUGCCCUUUCUGGGUGGAGUUUUCCAGAGGAAGCAGUGAGAGGGUCUGAUAACCUCAUGAUCUGCUCUUGGUUUGGGUUUCUGGACAGCAGUGUCCCCAGGGCUGUUCCCAGCAGCUUGGGAGUGAUUCCAGCUGCCUGGGCUCACCCAUGAAGGGAUGUCCCCAGCCCCUGGGGAGCAGUUCCAGCUGCCUGGGCUCAUCUGUGACCAUCACUCUGCACCUGUGCAGCCAGCUCUGUGUCCCUGGGGUGCAGGGAGAGCCACAAACCUUGUAGCAAUACUUGAAUCAAGUUAUUAAAAGCUGCUGGAUGUUUUUGCACAAUUUGUAGGGUUUUUUUCUACAUAGAACGUUUUCUACCCGGGGCAGGGAGCGUUGUGCACGUUGGCACCAGGGCAGGGGCUUGCAAUGCUGAGCUGCUCAUUAGGUUUCCGUGGAUCAGACACACCUAUUUCAACCUCAGGCAGAGGCAGCACGUUUUGGGGGGCAGCCCAGCCCCCCUGAAUUCACCAGCAUCGUGCUCUGUACACUGAGUGCUUGUGCCUGGGGGAUGGCAGAGGAGCAGUGAGGGGGGUUUACCAGGGGCCAGAAUCCUUCCUGUUUUUAUUUAAACCAGUUUCCUUUGUUA